CUCUGCUUGUCGUCUCCAACACCCUCCUGCUCGGUCGUAAGGUGGGGACGCCAUGGCCAAGAAAAAGAAGCGGUGGACGGAGGACGAAUCAAGCUCCAGCAGCUCGAGCUCAACUGAUGACCUGCCUACAGAGGAAGCCAGAUGUCGAAGAAGCCGGUCUCAGGCACAAAGACAAAGAGAUGCUAGGAAAAAAAAGAGCGAGGUCAUACACAUACUGACAGAGCUCAAAGAGGAGAUGCGCAAACAAUCAAAGAAGCUUACUGAAAGUAAGGAUGACACUAGUGAAAUACGCAAACAGUUGGAGAAGCUUACUGAAAGUUACAACGAUCAAAGCAAAAAGUUGGAGAAGCUUACUGAAAGUCACAGUGACCUAUGUAAACAACUGGAGCUUCACACUAAGGGCACAAGUGGUGAUGAUUCUGCUGCUUCAAGAUCACAAUCGAAUCAAGUGCAGCAACCAAGAUACAAACUCAAAUUUACAUCUGAGGUGACUGAGAAAAUUGAAAAGGGGCAAAGCAUAGACAUAAGUGUAGCUCUAGUUGAAUAUAAUAAUGAGGAUCAAACUGUAGAAGAUGAACCCCUUGCUUCUGCAAUAGUUGAGUUGGUUGUUGUUAAUGCAGAGUUCAAUCAACAUGAUAAUCAAUACAAUUGGUCCAGAGAGGAUUUCGAGAGAAACAUAAAGAAAGCACGACAACCAAAUUCAGCAGCAGGAGGUGUGGAUCAGUCAGUAAAAUCAAUAGUGAGUAACGGCCGAUUUAACUUAGCUCAUGGGGUUAAAUCUCACAGCGGUUCUAAAAUAUUCAGUAACUCUAGUAACAAGAAGGUUAGGCUUGGGGUGAUGGUAGUGUCGCCAACAGAAGAACGAGUUCUAGAAGGGUUGUCAAAUCCUUUCUUUGUUCGGGGCCAUGACAGGCCAAACAGACAAGCUAUUGAUGAGAUGUUGGCGAGUUACGACUUCACGGACCAGAAUGCUAUGGGGAACAACUUUUUGGGGGCUCCUGGAAACAUUGGAGAUGGACUACUGUCAUCGGCAUUGGUUGGCAUCGGCACGGGACAGAAUUUUAUGGGUGAUGACCAUGUUCCGUUUCAUGCUAUCGGUACGGAAUUUAAUACGAACCAAACAGCACUUCCAGUGCACCUCAUAUUGGAUACACCUAAUGUGGAGCUGAGAAAGCGUCGUUGGGACCUUCUUGAGCAGCUCAUGCCGCUGUAUAGUUGCCAGCACAAGUCAAUUAAAAGCGUUUUGCCUACCAUGCGCCUCAUGUCAGAGAAGACUCCUCGGAGAGGAGGUGUUCUCAUUGAGCCACUUGAGCCUGAUGAUUCAGAUGAAAGGCGACCGCUAAAGAGGAUGAUGCACAACAAAUACCGUUUGCGAUUCGUGAAUAAGGUGUGCGAGACGUAUUACACACGUGAGCAAAUAAAAGCAUAUGAUGGGAACCAUCUUAAAGUAGCUCUGUUCGAUGAGAACAACACGAGGAUCACAUAUGGUCCCCUGUCUUCAGCUUCUGUUGAGGUCGUAGCUCUCCACGGAGACUUUAGUGUCGAUGGUGAUCAGGAUUACUGGACUUGGGAUGAGUUCAGCCGUGGCAUAGUGUGUCCACGGCCUGGAAAAGAAGGAUCAGUCCUAGGAGGUGACCUCAUCUUAGCCCUUGAUGAUGGAGAGGCAUGUCUCGCUGAUGCCUUUUUCCAGGUGACAUCCUUUGUUGCUAGAACUGGAAAGUUCAAGAUGGGCGUAAAAAUGCUAGCCAGUGGCCGCCAAGACGAGAGAAUCCAAGAAGGGAUAUCAGAAGCAUUCUGGGUGAAGGAUCGUCGUGUGGGAGAUCUGCCUCCAGGGUUCCGGUUCCAGCCAACGGACGAGGAGCUAAUUGUUCACUACCUGUGCAAACGUGCCGCCGCGAAGCCCUGCCCUAUCCCCAUCGUGGCCGAACUCGACAUCUACCAGUUCGACCCGUGGGACCUACCAGCCAAGGGCGUAAAUGGUGGUGAGGGCGUGUGGUACUUCUUCAGCCCCAGCACCCACAAGUACGGCAACAGCUCCCGUCCCUGCCGCGCCGCCGGCUCAGGCUACUGGAACGUCGUGGGCACCGACAAGGAUAUCUUCUCCUCCACCGCUGACGGCGAGGUGCUCGGCAUGUACAAGACACUCGUCUUCUACAGGGGACGCUGGCCUAGGGGUCAGAAGACAACUUGGUUCAUGAAGGAAUACCGCCGCCUCCCUGCCGAUGGUACCAAGGUCUCGCCGUCGACUUCCAGCAUGAUGCUGGAUGAGAGCAGGGUGCUGUGCAAAAUCUUCCAGAAGACGGACCAGCUGCCACCCGUACAGUUCAUGUGAUAGCUAAAUAAGCCUUUGUAAUUCUAUUGCUGUUUUAUUUUUUGCUUUAGUGAGUGACCUGCUGUCUAUAAAAAGCACAGCCCCUCCCCCCGUUCUGUAGUGGUUGUGAGAACUAGAACCUUUGAUCCACUUUCAAUUCAAUUAAGCGGCCCGGAUGUCACACCCGGUUUAAA